AUAAGCCCGUUUAGUUUAUUUUUUGGCGUAACAAAUUGAGACAUGUAUUAUCUUGACGAUGAUGUUUCGUCUUCGAAGGGGUGUUGAAGAGCGUUCACGCAGGUGGUGUAAACAGCGUCCAUACGGAGAUUUUGGCUGUUUUAAAGAAUUCUAAGAUUUUGUGGCGGGACGACUAUCAGGCUUUAUGCUCUCAUCCAAAAUGGAAAACUCAUCUGAUGAGUACAGGAUCCAGUCCUUUGAUUUCGACACACAGAUGUUACUGAAAACAGCCUUAAAAGAUCCAAGUUCAGUAAACUUGGAGAAGGUCUCCAGUAUCAUCGUUGAUCAGUCCUUGAAGGACCAGGUCUUCAGUAAAGAGGCUGGACGCAUCUGCUACACGAUCGUGCAGGCGGAGGCGAAGCAGAGCAACGGAAACGUGUUCAGGAGGAACUUACUGAACCGACUCCAGCAGGAGUUCAAGGACCGCGAAGAGACGCGGACACGCUCGCUGCAGGAGUGGGUGUGCUACGUCACAUUCAUCUGUAACAUUUUCGACUACCUUAAAGUGAACAACAUGCCGAUGGUGGCCCUGGUUCAUCCUGUUUAUGACUGCCUGAUGAGGCUGGCCCAACCAGAUGCUCUAAUGAAUGAAGAGGAGGUGGACUGCCUGGUGCUGCAGCUGCAUCGCAUCGGGGAGCAGCUGGAGAAGGUGAACAGCCAGCGGAUGGAUGAACUGUUCUUCCUGCUGCGGGACGGCUUCCUGCUCCAGGAGGGCCUCUCCUCCAUGGCCCGUCUGCUGCUGCUGGAGAUCCUGGAGUUCCGGGCCGGAGGCUGGCUGCUCAGCAGCACCGCCCACAAGUACUACUACAGCGAAAUCGCUGAGUAGAGAGAGGCUGAUGAGAACUGAGGAACCCUGAACCUCUUGUCCUUUGUCAUUUCUGACUUUGAAACCAGCAGUUUUUUGAUGAACAGAAGCAGCGUUCAGGUAAUCAGUGGAGUCUCUACGCUGUACAGAGACUUCAGUUCUCGCUGGAUUACUCCCUGCUUUUGAUAAUAACCCAGAGAUGUGGUGCGGUGGAUGUGGAACGUGCAAUAGUUUUUCGACAGGUUGAAGUUCAGGAGGUUUCGCCACAUUCUGGUGCACUUUGAUUCGACGUUUAUCUUUUAGGGAAGAUGGAGACAACUUUUGUGAAUUUUUUUUUUCCAUCAUUCCUUAAGUUUAAGUUUACCAAAUCCAAUAGGUGACAUUCCAGUCAGAUGCUGAUUUGCUUUAAAGGACCAGUGAAAAAGAUUUUGUUAGCAGUUACUUUGCGAUCCUCCUGAUGUUUAAAAGACCUGUUCUUUCAUAUGUUUCAACCGUAGAAGGACGUACCGAUGGAUGAUUAAAAUGUCUCCCUAAAUUCUUCAUACUUAGUUAAAAAUGUUGUUUUAGCUUUGAAGUUAUGUUCUGUUGGAUUCCCGUUAUUGUUUGUCAUUUGUUGCACAGUCUGAAUUCAGGGAGCUGUUUUUCUUUUUAGAUAUCUUUCAUUACACCUUUAAGAAAAAGACCAAAAGAAUUGGUGACAAUAUUCAUACAAUUUUUCUACAGAUAACUCAUUUUUAAUAAAAUGACUAGAUUUCUGUUUUUGCUAGUUGAACCUUGUACUGCAGCAUCACUCAGCUCAGACAUUUUCAGAUCUGAACUUUGUAUGAAGGUGCUCGAGAAGCUGGUAUUUCUAGCCAUUCAUACAUGUGCAGGUCAGUAAUGAGUCUUCUUUUUUUCUACUGUCAACACUGUGCAUCUGGACAGUUUUAGUUUUCAGUGGCAGCUUUAGGGUCUCCAACCAUCUCUGUGCUUUGGAUUAAUGAGACACUAAUAUAGUAGCAAUACUAGCUUAACUAAGUUUGUUUUUUGUUUUUUUAUGGCCUCUUCGAGCCAUCUGCCUCAACAUGUAGUGACAUUAAACAUAAAGUUUGAAAUUUCACAAAAAGAAAUUGAUCCUGAGUUUUGUUUUUUAUUAUGUUGAAAAAAAUUCAUUUACAGUUUUAGGGUUUGUCCCCAUAGUCAGCCCAUAAAUAAAACCAAAUAGUUUAUUAAACUGUAAAUGAGUUAAAUACCAACCAAGUUCAAAUGUAGAAAUGAGGAUGUAAAUGACUAAAUCCUGCUGCAAUAUGUAUAUUUUCACUCUUUGCAAAUGUUUUCCAUCUGUUACAUUUUUUUAUGGUUGGGUUGUACAUUUUCUUCAAUAAAAGUUUUCUUC